GAUGAGUUGCUAAAGGGAAACAGCAGCCGCUUCCGUGUUGUUCUUGUGUUAUUCUGUAAAAUAGUGUUGGGUAGCGCGGCGGGAGCUCUCCUGACAGCCUCUCGGAGCGACAAUUAUCAUGGUUCUUUAAAGCUGAGGGACGUUUUCAGCUUUUCUGCCCGGAAAUGUCGCUGCUACAGAGCUCAAAGAAAAAAGACAAGCGCAUCUUGUCUGGUACCUGCCCAGACCCGAAAUGUCAGGCGAGGCUCUUCUUCCCUGCUUACGGCUCCAUUAGCAUCGAGUGCACGGAGUGCGGCCAGCGCCACGAGCAGAGGAACCUGCUGAACGUGGAGGAGGUGACCGAUCCAGAUGUGGUGCUCCACAAUCUGCUCAGGAACGCCCUGCUCGGCGUCACCGGGGCCCCGAAGAAGGGGACGGAGCUGGUGAAGGUGAUGGGGCUGUCCAACUAUCACUGCAAGCUGCUGUCCCCGGUGCUCACCAGGUACGGCAUGGACAAACAAACAGGCAAGGCCAAACUGCUGAAGGACAUGAACCAGGGGGACAUCUUUGACUGCUCCCUCCUGGGGGACAGAGCCUUCCUGAUCGAGCCAGACCAUGUCACCACCAUGGGCUACGGUAAGGACCGGUCCGGGAGCCUCAUCUACCUCCACGACACCCUGGAGGAGCUCAAGAAGGCCAACGGCAGCAGGGAGUGUCUCAUUCCUGUCCAUGUGGACGGAGACGGGCACUGCCUGGUCCACGCUGUGUCCAGAGCUCUGGUGGGACGGGAACUGUUUUGGCAUGCCUUAAGAGAAAACCUCAAGCAAAACUUUAAGCAGAACCUGAGCCGCUACAAAGCCCUGUUCCAGGAUUUUAUCGAUGCUGUGGAGUGGGAGGACAUCAUCAACGAGUGCGACCCCCUCUUCAUCCCGCCUGAAGGCGUGCCCCUCGGACUGCGCAACAUCCACAUAUUUGGUUUAGCCAACGUCCUUCACCGGCCCAUAAUCCUGCUGGACUCCCUGAGCGGGAUGAGGAGCUCUGGGGACUAUUCGGCCACCUUCCUGCCCGGGCUGGUGCCUGAGGAGCAGUGCAGGGGCAAAGACGGGAAGCUCAACAAACCCAUCUGCAUCGCCUGGAGCAGCUCCGGCAGGAACCACUACGUUCCUCUAGUGGGAGUCAAAAACACGGUGCUGCCCAAGCUGCCGUCCCGCCUGCUGCCGAAGGCUUGGGGGGUCCCUCAGGAGCUCAUCAAGAAGUACAUCAAGCUGGAACCAGACGGGAGCUGCGUGAUCGGCGGUGACCGCAGCCUGCAGGAUAAAUACCUCAUGAGGCUGGUCAACGCCAUGGAGGAGGUGUUCAUGGAGAAGCACAGCAUCCACCCGUCUCUGGUGGCCGACGUGCACCAGUAUGUCUACCGACGCACCGGAGUGAUCGGCGUCCAACCUGAGGAGGUGACGGAAGCCGCCAAGAAGUCCGUGAUGGAGAACAGGCUUCACCGCUGCCUGAUCUGCGGCGCUCUCUCUGAGCUGCACGUCCCGCCCGAGUGGCUGGUUCCAGGCGGAAAGCUCUACAACUUGGCCAAAUCCACACACGGUCAACUCCGGCCCGACAAGAACUACAGCUUCCCCCUCAACAACGUGGUGUGCUCCUACGACCCGCAGAGGGACGUCCUCCUCCCGGACUACAAGCUCAGCGCCCUCAACACCUGCAACUGGUGUCACGGGACGUCGGUCCGCCACAUCCGGGGAAACGGGUCGGUGGUUUACCUGGACGGGGACAGAACCAACACCCGGUCCCAGGGGGGGAAGUGCGGUUGUGGAUUCAAGCACUACUGGGAGGGGAAGGAGUACGACAACCUGCCCGAAGCCUUCCCCAUCACGCUGGAGUGGGGGGGGCGGGUGGUGCGAGAGACUGUGUACUGGUUCCAGUACGAGACGGAGCCGGUGCUGAACAGCAACGUGUACGAUGUGGCCAUGAAGCUGGUCACCAAGCACUUCCCUGGGGAGUUCGGCAGCGAGAUUCUGGUGCAGAAAGUGGUCAACACCAUCCUGCACCACACGGCCAAGAAAAACCCGGACGAGUACAACCCGGUUUCCAUCGACGGGGCUCACGCCCAGCGCCUCCACGAGACCUCAGAGCCCCAGCCUGCGGUGGACCCGCAGCCGCCCACUAAGAUCAUCCUGACGGGUCAGAAGGCGAAGACGCUCCACAAGGAGGAGCUGACGAUGAGCCGAGCGGAGCGCAGCGUCCAGCAGAGCAUCAGUGAGCAGGCCCUGGUCACCCAGAAGAGACAGACCCAAAAACUAAAGCAGGAUCAGAAAGAUCCAGGCCGGACCUCUUCCCCUGGUGGCUCUCCAGAAACCUCUUCCUCCUCAGCUCCGGCCACCCCCACCAAAUCCUCCUCCCCCUCCUCCAUUAAGGAGAAAAAGAUCCGAGUGACCACCGGCGACGGCCGGCAGGCCAUGCUGACCCUGCCGGCCCACUCCACCUUCUCCGACCUGCAGAGCAGCAUCUCCAAGCAGCUCGGCGUGCCGCCCCCGCAGCAGAGCAUCCGCUACGGCUUCCCGCCCAAGGAGCUGCUCCCCCCGAAGGACGGCAAGGAGAACGAGCCCGUGGCGCUGCAGCACGGCGACAGGGUGACGGUGGAGAUCCUGAGGGGCCCCGAGGACAAGGACCCCGCCACCUCCACAACCGGAGCGUCCAGCUCGCUCUCCUCCCUGCACUCGGCGAAGAGCGACGCCGCGACGCCCGGCAGGACGAGCGGCCGGGAGCUCCAGGAGAGCAUCGACCUGGAGAUGUCCUCCCUCUGUCUCCUAGCAACCCUGAUGGGUGAGGACGUUUGGUCGUACGCCAAGAAGCUGCCGCACUUGUUCCAGCAGGGCGGCAUCUUCUACAACAUCGUGAAGAAGGACAUGGGUCUGAUGGAUGGGAAGCACUGCACGCUGCCCCACCUGACGGGGAAGACGUUUGUCUAUAACGGCGCAGAGGACCGCGUGGAGCUCUGCGUGGACACCGCAGGCCACUUCCCCGUGGGUCCGGAUGUGGAGGAGCUGGUGAAGGAGGCGGCGGUCCGCUUGGAGGCGUCGUCCCGGGGCAGCAGGGAGGGCAGUCCGUCCCACGGCGUCCUGCGGCUCGGCAGCGGUGGCGUGGUCAGGAAGAAGGAGCAGCUGCAGAGCGUCACUGCCUUCCAGGGCAAAGGUCACUCUCUGGGCAGCGCCGGAGGCUCCUCCCCUCCAGAGUACCGACCUAUCACACGCCAGCACAGCAGCGGAGUGGACCUGAGCUCUAGCGUGUCCCGGGGAGCCCCGGACCUGUUGGACAUCCCCGAGGACACCAGCAGGGAGCUGGUCCGCAUGGCCCCGGGCUUCGUCACGGUGAAGGACGGGCGGGGUCUGGACCCAGCCCUGAUGGAGCAGCAGAGGAGGAAGCUGCAGGAGAUGGUCUCCUCUAUCCAGGCCUCCAUGGAGCGCCACCUGAGGGAGCAGCAGAGCAGCGCUGCUGCAGGGGGCGUGGCCAGCCAGGAACGGACCGCCAAAACCAAGACGAGCUCCAGUCAGCCGGCGCCGGACCAGAACCCUCCAGCUGAAGUCAGAGCGGGGACGGUGGAGGACCAGGAGGACAUGGAGAGCCAGGACGCCGAACAGAACGCCGCCGAACCCAUGGACCACUCCUGAUGGCUCAGAAGCCCCUCCCCUUCCCCGCCUGUGGGUCC